AUGCAUUUCGUGCUGCGGAGAAGCACGAAAUGCAUCGUGUUGAUCGCAUCGAAGCACUCGGUCGAGGUGGUCCGCGGGUCCGCACUAAAAUGGUUCGUGGAAUUCGAAGCAGGGCUCGAAUGGGUCUAUCGUUGCGGGUCCUCCGAGGAGAUUGAGGUGGAGGUUGAAGAAAGGGGAAGCCUUCGAGAAUGAACUAGAUCCGCAGAUGCCAUCAAUGACUACGUCUCACCGUUGAAAAAUAUUUACGACGAGGCGCCGGACCCGUGGAACCGGCCGAGGCGCCGGACGCACUGCGACGCAGUUCCCGAUCCGCGACGUGGCGAGGCACUCGCGCUCUGCUCGUACUCGCCGGGUGCUUCCGUGUCUAAGGUGUCCGUGACGUCACGUCCGUCGGGGGGCCGAGGGGAAGGAAACAGCAUGGAUGCGGCUGCAGAGGAGGACGGGGAAGGCGCACGGGGUGGGAAUGCGGAUGCCCAGCGGAACGAGCCCGUGGACCCGGCCGAGGUCGAGUCCUGGGUCAAGGGUCGGAUCUUGGGGACCGGGGGGUUCGGGACCGUCACGCUCUGGAAGCAGAAGACCACGGGCCAGGUCAUCGCUCUGAAAAAAUGUCGCUGGGGAUCGGACCAGCUCAUGAGCGAGAAGCAGAAGCAGCGAUGGGAGAAGGAAGUGGAGAUCAUGCUCCGUCUCUCGCAUCCAUGCGUGGUGUCCUGCAUGCCCGUGCCAGAGGAACUGCAGGAGAAUCUAGUCACUUCGCUGCCCAUGCUCUGCAUGGAGUGUUGCCGCAAGGGGGAUCUCAGGAGAGUCCUCAGUCAGCCAGGAAAUUGCUGUGGACUACCGGAGCCCAUGGUGCGCUCGUUGGUCGGGGACAUCGCAUCUGCCGUGGAAUACCUCCACGGGAACCGCAUCAUUCACCGAGACCUCAAGCCGGAAAACAUCGUCCUGCAGGAUCUAGACGGUCUCAUCGUGUACAAGCUCAUCGAUCUCGGAUACGCCAAGGAGCUGGAUCAGAGCAGCGCGUGUACGUCGUUCGUCGGCACCGUCCAGUACCUCGCGCCCGAGCUUUUCCUCAGUCGCAAGUACUCCUGCACCGUGGAUUACUGGAGUUUGGGUCUGGUGACUCACGAAGCCAUCACGGGGGUGCGGCCGUUCCUCCCCAACUUGAGUCCGGCUCAUUGGAUGCCCUAUGUGGAAAAGAAGUCUUCCAGUGACAUCUGCAUCUUCCAAGAUGCUCAGGGAGAGGUCCAGUAUUCCCACAUUUUAUUCAGACAAAAUCACAUCUCUAGACCCUUGGAACACUGGAUGGAGGAAUGGUUGCGUCUCCUCCUGGAGUGGGACCCGCUGAAACGUGGUCGUCAUCCUGGAUCUGGCGAUGUGGCUGUCUUCCCGCUUUUGAAGGACAUGCUCACCAGGAAGGUGUUGAGAGUGUUCUGCCUGCCCGAGUGUCGCUGGCUUUACUACGAAGUGGAAUCACCCUUACCGUCGGUCGAGGACAUCCAGGGUUAUGUGGAGAGGGACAUGGGGAUCCCCAUCCCCCUCCAGCUUCUCUUGCUCCCUGAAGGCUCUACACCAGAUUCAAGGAAAGGGGUCAUGCAGCUCUGGGCUCCCCCCGAGGAGGAGGAGUGGUAUGUGUUCAUCUAUGACCUGUCAUUGGUUGGGAAAGGGAAGGGGAAGGAGAAGGAGUUGCCGGUGUUGCGACCGUCUGUCCCACCCAUGGUGGAGGAGAUGCUCAAGGACCCAAAGAUGAGCAAGGAGAGGAACUUGCAAAAACGCACCUGGGCCCAGGCGGUCUUUCUCGCCCAGAGUGAAGAUCGUCUCUUCCAUACCAUGCUUACUGGUCUCAAGGCUCUUGUGAUGGAGCUGGAGAGAAAGAGGGAGAAGCUGCUCCAUGAGGUGGAGAAGGUAAGCAUCGAGCUGGCAUGCUUGGAAUCCAGGAAUGACCUCUUCCAGGAAUCGCUGGCACUGGAUCUCCGCAAACAUGGUGACAACACUGCCUUGCUCAGGAGACUCGGAUCCCCCCAUGUGGUGACCCAGUGGCGAAAGAGUGGGGAGGUUGUUCAAGGCAAGGUGUUUGUGCUGGGUGCUCGGGUGCGUGCCGUGGAGGUCCAGGUGGAUGCCAUCAUUAAGCAGAGCCUCACCAUCCUCCAGGCGCCCUUACUCAGACUCCACGAUGCAGAAACUCUCACUGGCUUUCCUAAAAGAAGUCCUUUGGCCCAUCCCCAGCAACCAUCAUGCCAGAUAACCGACCUCGAUCGAACUGGUGAAGUUGACAAAACUGCCUUUGUGGACAUGGCCCUGGCAUGGCUUUUAAAGACAAAAGAUAACCAAUUGAAGCAAAACAGAGUGGAUGGAGGAAAGCAGAAAAGGAAACUGACCUGUGUUGUGGAAGCAGAAGGAGCUUAUGAUGCAUUGAGGCAUCGGGUAAGGGAAGGAGGCUGUGGAAUUGGGAGUGAGAAGGAGAACCUGGAGAUGGUGCGCAUCAUCUAUCACAUGUUCAAACGUCGGGAUCUCCUGCACAAGGACUUCUUCUCAUUCCUCAUGGAUGGACUUGAAGCUCGAGGAGAGGUGGUGCGCCUGGGAAACCCCUUGGUGAAUGCCUUAGGAGACAUGCAGACCAUCGGCCAGGAUCUCCUCCAGUGCCAGAUUCAGCGCCAGAACGACAUCUGGACCAUUGUCUCCACCCCUAUGAUGGGGAGUGUGGGGGGGGCAUGGAUGGAUGGAGAAUCUUUGCUUCCAUGGGAGAGCUUGCCCCACGAAAGCCUUCUGUCCUUGGCCAGCCGCAUGGAGCAUGGACUCAAGGACUCCUCUGUUGUAGUCCAGGAGAACACUGAGCUUCGAUGCAGGAUGCAGGAGACUUGGAACCAGGUGCUCAAGGACCAGCGGGAGAUCCGCAAGGAGCAGGAGGAAUGGGACCUCAACCUCCAGUCCCUUGGUGCCAAGUGAUGGUACCAUCAGUGCCAAAAGAUAACCUUGAGUCAUAUUUUCAUGGCUGUCUAUGAUAGUCUUAUACAAGCAUGACAGCCCAUACCUGGGCAAGUUUCAGCCAAUUAAUAACCAAAGAGUAUACACCGCUUACCUACAGUAUCUGUGGUGUUGAAGGUCUUCCUGUGUUCAAUCUGAGGGACAGUGUGGUUUCUCUUGUUUUUCCAAAUGCCUUUACAGUUAGAAUGGCCUUGAGUACUCAGUGUGGUCCUUGGUUUUUGCACCUCCCCUAGAUGCGUUGCUGCCUCACAUCAUUCAGCUUGCAUGCCAGAUGUGUAGGUCGUUUUUUGGGAAAGGUGGUUCGUGAUAAAGGUUGGUGUUAAGAGUAUAAGAAUUAGGCCUAACUAAAGGUUGAUAUUAGGCUGGUGGCUUCAAUGUACUCAUUAGAAGUUAUCAUAUACUUCAUGAGAAAAAUAUGGGUUUUAUAUAAAUAGCUAUGAUGCACCUGGGAAGCACUUAUUUUUGCCCCUAUUUUUUGUGGGCACAUGAGACUGAAUUUUUUGGUACUAAUGGCAUAAUCUUUCCCAUUGAUAGUUGAAAUUUUAAUUAGGUAAAACCUUGCUUAUUUCUCUCUCUCAAUCAGAAGCCCUUUUUGGUCUUUGGUUGAUUUUGUCUUCUUUUCUGAAGGAUCUAAAAUAUUCUGUAGUUGCCCUUUAGCGAGCUUUAAAGCAGUCACAAGUAUAUUGCUGCAUUAACAGUGCAUAUCCGAGCCAAGCUGGAAUUGUUGUGAUACUGGUAUGCUCAGUACAGAAGUCUGGAAGCAAUUGAUCAUUUUUUUCAUUUUGCUUGAUUUGUAGUCUUAAAUUGGGUGGAGCAUAUAAAUAAACCUCUCAUAUGGUCAGUCACAUAUCUUGAUUGUUACCGACUGGAUGCCAUUUUAGAAAAUAGUGAGUUCAAGACAUUGCCAUGUGGACCUCUUUUGUGCUUCCUAGGUAGGGCUAUGGGUUUGGUUUUGAAAGAUGAUUGCCUCUUAGGAAAAGCAAUAUUUUGGCUAACAGACACAUCUUACCAUAAGUGAGUUGAUAAUAUUGUAUGACUUUAUUAGAGUUGUUCCUUAUAACAUCAAAAUAAAUUUUUAUUGUGCAGGAUUCAAAAUUGUUGGAAGAAAAUCCUAGAAGUAUACUGACUGUGAAACCUAUCAUACCCUAAUACUAUCCAUGUGGGGGGGUUUUCUUGUGUUCCACCUAUUGCACUACUUCCUGGGUGUGAGAUAAUGGCUGCUUCUGUUGUAACUCAAGGUGGUUGGCCAUUGUCACUGCAUGGUGAGAGCAUUGCUGACAAAUGUUUUAAAAUGAUAAUGUUUCAGCCAGGUGCACUUUAGCUAUUUUAAAUAGGCAGUUCUACUAUAUUUGCUCUGUGAUGAACAAAUUUCCUGAAUAGCUUUGGUUCUCUUGACUUACACUCCAAAUUUCCUCAUUUCCUUCUUCUCAUGUCAUUCACUUCAUAUUACAUGCCAGAGUUCAUCUGUCAUUACCAUCACCUCUUUCCAAUUACAUUUUGCCCUUUUUUCAUUAUCCCCUUUUCCAUCCUCAUGUUCCAUCACCUAGUGCAUAUGCAUAUGAUGGGCAGGCUCAUUCCCUCUUUCGUUUUACUCCCCGUGACAUUUUUCAGUGCACACCCUUGCGUUCUUCAGAAGCUGCAACUAUCCUGACUGUGAAGUGAGAAACCUGAACUGAACUAUGCAAUAAAAUAGACAAAUAAA